UGGGUCAUCAGCUGCACACAGUCAGGUGUGGUCGGCGGGGAGACAUUCCGACCGGAGCGGUGAUCCAGCGGACCUCACCGGAACGAAAACAACGUCUACCGCAUAUCUGUCAACAUGACCCACCAAACGAGCACAAAGUACACCAGACGACCACACACCCAUUAAACCUGGGCUGGUGAAGAGAGAAGUGAGACCAUUCUCUUGUAAUGAAACAGGGAAUGGUUGACAUUUUACCCAACGACCAGAGGAACUGAAGCGAAAUUAAGGGAUCAACUGAAAGGAACCUCAGCAGAUGUAACCACUGAAUGCUGUGAAAAGAGGAACAUCUUAGUUUCUCACUUAUUUUAAAUAAGGGAUGGAGUUAAUGAGUGAGAAAUAACUGGAUUUACCAUCAGUUGUCAAGUAACCCGUCCAUUUGGCUGUCAGAGCAACAACCACAGAAUGUCACCCCUCUAUCACGGAGCUUUAGAUGAGUGACUAUCAGUGUUUAAAUGCGUAGACCUCUGUGAAGACGUUACGUUCAAUGUUGGACUGCAUCCAAAGGAGACAGGAGGGAGUGUCCGCACUGCACUGACAGAACUGUGGAUGUCAAAAUCGAUAAGUCGUCACAAGUUGGAAAUACCCUGAAUGAGUUUCAUUGGGUGGAACUGGAACUAAGGUGGAGCCAUGCGACCAGUCUUAGCCGUCAAGCAUGAAUCAUAAAUGCACAGCUCUCGAGAAAUGUUCCAUACUCUGCUGGCUGCUGUGGUUUCACUUUGAAACCAAAGAGAAUGAUGUGAACAUUUGAACUUUAAGGAUAAAUCAAAACUGAAAAGUGGAGAAAUUCAACUGGAAAUGUUCUCUUAUCGGCAGGGGAACGCCUGUGAUUUUUGGACAAACUCUAGCUCUACUUUGAGCUCGUAGCAUUGGGAGGUGGAACAAACAAACAACACUGGGAAGAAUAGGGAAUCACCUCCUCCUAUGAAACUGAUUUUACUUGGAAAUACAGUAAGAGGCCAAUCCAGAUGGCGGGGAAAGACUACAAUCAUCUCUUUAAACUGCUCAUCAUUGGAGACUCCAAUGUGGGGAAAAGCAGCCUUCUGCUCCGCUUUGCAGACAAUUCCUUCUCUGGCAGCUACAUCACCACUAUCGGUGUUGACUUUAAGAUCCGAACAGUCGACAUCGAAGGAGAGCGGGUGAAGCUGCAGAUCUGGGACACGGCGGGGCAGGAGAGAUUCAGAACCAUCACAUCAACAUACUACAGAAACACCCACGGUGUCAUUAUUGUUUACGAUGUGACGAAUCCAGAGUCGUUUGUCAAUGUUAAGAGGUGGUUAAAUGAAAUCUCCCAGAACUGUGACACCGUCUGCAAGAUCUUAGUGGGAAACAAGAACGAUGACCCUGCCAGGAAACAGGUGGAUACCCAGGAUGCUGUGCGUUUUGGGGAGUCGGUGGGUGUUCGGGUGUUUGAGACCAGCGCCAAGGAGAACAUAAACGUUGAAGAGAUGUUCAUGGCCUUCACCCGCAUGGUGCUCCGGGCCAAGAAGCAGAGCCAGAACAGAGCCGAGAGGGAACGAGAGCGGGAGAAGGACACAGUCAACAUCAAUGCCCAGAGAGACAGAGACCGCAGGAAGAGAGGGAAGAAAUGCUGCUGAGACACAGACGGACACCAAAGCCACUCGACGCUCAUCGCUUAACACAAAAAGCAAAGAAGAUUGGGAAAACUGUGCCUUAGGAGAUAAGUGUUGUGUGUUUCAAACUGCAGAUAAAAAAAAGUCAGAAACUGUGCGGUUCACUCUUUACGACGCCAAGUUACAACACAACAGUCUACAGGUUGUUAAAGUAACUGAGGCUGAGGGAUUCAGUCUGUCAGCACUGACAAUAUGUAGCAGUUUGGAGUUUACAGGAGUUAAAGGACCAUUCUGAUGUUUUUUAAAAAAAAGUUUUUUUAGCCCAUGUCUUACAAGUCAAAUUUAAAAGCAUGUUGUAGUGGUUUAGAUUUUUGAAGCCUGAGGAUGGAGGAGCUGGCUGGUCAGGACGCCUUCUGUACAUAAUGAUUAUUUUUAUUAUCUAUUAAUCUGGUGACUGUUUGGAAUAUGAAAUGCCAGGAAAUAGUAAAAAGGGCCAAUUACAAUUUCCUAACGCCCAAGAUGGUGCCAUCAAAUAGCUUAUUUUGUUUGACUGAAAGUCCGAGCCAGAAAGAUAUUCAGUCUACUAUUAAAUAAGACAACGAGAAGCUAGAAUCAUAACAUGUUUGGCAUUUUGCUUGAAAAAUGACUUUAACCUUCCAGUUUUAGCUUUGACAUGACAUUUGGCUUGAAACACUGCAUCACAGAAGAUUAUGCUAAAGUGAGACUUCUGUAAAAGAAAUAAGAUAACUGAAACAGUCAGAGCAGGCAUGUUGUAACCAACUCAAUAGUUUCAAGUCUCUGGGAGUUGAUUUUCAUGUAGUGAAACAAACAGAAAAACUGCUUCCUGUAAAGUUGAUAAAUUCAUAAAUCAAAAACACUACAAUCUGCUUUGAAGUAUGGUGGUGAGAUGUGAAGUGUAUGUAACUGUAGUAAAAUAGCUAACACAUAGAACAACACUGGUCUGGUCCUUUAACUUAGCUCUAGUGAACUACUGGUAUGUGCCGACGUCUUUUUGUUUUUCUUAAUACAGAACAAGUAUUUUACCACUGAAAGGGAACUGGUUGCAGUUGUUAUUAAAUCGUAACUUUGACACACUAACAGUGUGACGAGUGCAGUCCAAUGUAUGUGUAUGCCUUGUUUCACUCAAAUGAGGCCAGUAAUCUAAGACAACAGUAUGUGUAACCUUGAGACAAAUACAAGCCCAAAAUGUUCGUCAUUCGUUUGUUGUUUUUUUUAAAUGUAAAUCUCUGUUGCCUAGCAAAUGUGUCCAAAUCCAAAUAAAGCAAUAAAUCCAGA